CUCGAUUAUUUUCAGCAGACGAGCCAGCGUCUGUUCUACUUGCUCCAGAUAUCUGAAACAUCAGUGAAGGCAACCUUAUUUACCGACCUAGAAAGCCCCUCCCCAAACCUCCGUUGGCUAAUUUAAACUUUUCCAGAAACGUAACCAUCAGGAGUUGCAUCAUUUUUGUUGAAGACAUCCAUUAUUCCAUUGACCAUUCCCUCAUUACUGAGUCCUUUGGAGUUGAGUUAUGUCAACAGCUGCCUUAAUUACUUUGGUUAGAAGUGGUGGGAACCAGGUGAGGAGGAGAGUGUUGCUUAACUCCCGCCUGCUACAGGAAGACAGGCGGGUGAUCCCCAUCUGCCACAUCUCCACUUCAGAGCCCAGAUGUUCUCGGUUUGACCCAGAUGGUAGUGGGCGUCCAGCUACCUGGGAUAAUUUUGGGAUCUGGGACAACCGCAUCGAUGAGCCAAUUCUACUGCCUCCCAGUAUCAAAUAUGGCAAGCCAAUUCCCAAAAUCAGCUUGGAAAACGUGGGUUGUGCCUCACAGAUUGGCAAACGGAAAGAGAAUGAAGACCGGUUUGACUUUUCUCAGCUAACAGAUGAGGUCCUGUACUUUGCAGUGUAUGAUGGACAUGGCGGACCUGCAGCUGCUGAUUUCUGUCAUACCCACAUGGAGAAAUGCAUCAUGGACUUGCUUCCUAAAGAGAAGAACUUGGAAACUGUAUUGACCUUGGCUUUUCUAGAAAUAGAUAAAGCCUUUUCCAGGCAGGCCAACCUGUCUGCUGAUGCUACUCUUCUGACCUCUGGGACUACUGCAACAGUAGCUCUGUUGCGAGAUAGUAUUGAACUGGUUGUUGCCAGUGUUGGGGACAGCCGGGCCAUUUUGUGCCGGAAAGGAAAAGCCAUGAAACUGACCAUUGACCAUACUCCAGAAAGAAAAGAUGAAAAAGAAAGGAUAAAGAAAUGUGGUGGUUUUGUAGCUUGGAAUAGUUUGGGACAGCCUCAUGUAAAUGGCAGACUUGCAAUGACAAGAAGUCUUGGAGAUCUGGAUCUUAAAACCAGUGGUGUGAUUGCAGAACCUGAAACAAAGAGGAUUAAGCUACAUCAUGCUGAUGACAGCUUCCUGGUCCUCACUACAGAUGGAAUUAACUUCAUGGUGAAUAGUCAAGAGAUUUGUGACUUUGUGAAUCAAUGUCACGAUCCCAAUGAAGCAGCCCAUGCAGUGACCGAACAGGCAAUACAGUAUGGUACUGAAGAUAACAGUACUGCCGUAGUAGUGCCUUUUGGUGCUUGGGGAAAAUACAAGAACUCUGAAAUCAACUUCUCAUUCAGCAGAAGCUUUGCCUCCAGUGGACGAUGGGCUUGACCACUUGAGGAAACUUUGAAUUUCUGUACAAGUUUUCCAUAGCAAGAAACGGAUUAUGUCGUACCAGUCAACUGUGCCAGAGUGACCUAGUAACUUAAUAGAUUAGUGCACGAAUUGGUGUAUGUAAACUUAGCCAUUUUCAAGUUGUUUCUCACCUGUCAUAUUUUAUCUUCAACUGUACAUAUAAAUAUAUGUAUAAUUCAGUUAUUGUGAGUCUCUUAGAUGAGCAAAUGAAAAGUGGUUUGAUACACUUGCUGAGUGUUUCUCAUUUUUAAAACUCUUAGGCAGCUAUGGGUUUCUUUCAGUCAUUUUUGUUCUCUAUUAGUUUGAAAAGAUUUUUGUCUUCAAGUUCUCCAGAACUAGUCAGUAUUUUGACAGUGACACUAUGUAUCUGCAACUGUUCAUUUUAAAUAACUGUACCAAGGAGUAAGUGUGAAAUCCAGUUCUUUUAUCAUGCUUUGCAUUCUUUAUUACUUACUUGUAAAUGUUACAACAGAAAAGAAGUUCAUUGACAUAACAUGACACUACUAAAUUGUAAACAUAUUUAUAAACAGUGCACUGUGUAUUUUGACUGUGUCACUAGGCUCAUUCUUCCUACCCCUCUGUAUUCCCAUUUUCUGUAGCUAAGAGACUGUAGAUGUGACUGUUCCUUCAUAUUAAAAAAAAAAAAAAGCACAGCCUAAGAGUCCUUUAAGUCAGUUAAA